CUGACUAGCUGUGAUAAAUGUGAUGGUCACAAGUGUUAACUUAAGUGACGUCAUUAAACAAAUUUAUGGACAAAUGGGUUUCAGCUAAAGUCUUUAAUUUUUGCAGUCUGUUUUUUGAAAGAUUUUGAAUUUUUAUUUUCUCUGUGAUUUAUGACAUACAAGUAGUACCGUAUUAUUUCAUUUUAGGUUAUUUUUUAUUUUGCUGCCUUUUUAAACAUCUCAUAUGAAACUACGUUUGAUCUUGCGAUCUGUUUUAUUCGGAAUUCCUGUUGGAAUUACACUUUUCGACUCGGUGGGGUAUGUUGCAAGAGUCGAAGGAAUUUCGAUGCAGCCUUCAUUAAACCCUAAUUGUGAUGAAGUGGACUAUGUUUUCCUCAAUAGGUGGGCAGUUAGAACCUAUAAUAUUGCCAGAGGCGAAAUUAUUUCACUAAUUUCGCCCAAGGAUCCAGAUCAGAAGAUAAUUAAAAGGGUUGUUGGUAUUGAAGGUGACGUGAUUAAGACGUUAGGGUAUAAGAAACCUUACGUUACGAUCCCCGAAGGACAUUGUUGGGUAGAGGGUGAUCAUACAGGUCAUUCUUUGGAUUCAAAUUCUUUUGGUCCCAUAUCAGUAGGAUUAGUAACAGCGAAGGCAUCUCACAUAGUCUGGCCACCACAUCGUUGGCAGAAUCUGAAGCAUGACAUUCCUGAGGGACGAAAGCCACUAGGACUGAAGUAAUACGCAUUCAAACAAUAAUUUUGUGCUGCCACUAGCGUCAGUUACAGUAGAGAGAAGUCAACCCUAGUAGUAACAUGAGAGCUGUUUGUUUUGUGAAUCGCUUAGAAUUCGAGUUAUCUGGUAACGUUUUUCCAAAUGCUAUGACACUGGGAGAUGUUGAUAAUGAUAGCCAUCAUGAACUAAUUCUUGGAAGCACUGACGGUAAUUUAUCAAUUUUUAAAGCAGAAAAGAAAUGGCAGACAAUUAACGGUUUGGGAAUGAUAACAGCAGUUUGUGUUGGUGACCUUUUCAAUUGCGGAAAAAAUGCUUUGGUACUAGUGUGUGGUGAUGGAUGGUGUCAAAUAUUUUUUGCUGGUCUUACAAAGAGUGAUGGAACUAGUCGCAAACUGGCAUUAGUACACGUUCAAAGAAUACCAGCAAAUACUAAGGUUGCUUUGAUAAGAGACAUAGAUGGUGACGGAUGCAAUGAGCUUGUACUGGGAUUGACAGAUCGUGUUGUUCGUUCAUAUCGUUGGAUUGUUCAAAAUGCAGAUAUGAGUAAUCCUGAAAAUGGAAAGCUUCUGUGCCUGAAUAAGUGGGAAUGUACAAAUCAAAUUGGCACAGUGACUUUGCACCAUUAUGGGGAGGAUGGUGCCCCAUGUCUCCUUGUUGCACAGCCAGGAGGUACUUAUAUGAAGAUAAGUUGCCUCAUCCGUGAGAGUGAAGAUGCAGCAAAUAUAGAUAGUGAGGACCUACUAACAUCAUCAUUAGUGGAUUACCACCCUUUAGCAUCUUCUCACAUGCGUAAUCCAAAUGUGUCAACAGAAAUUGUGGGAGAUAUUGAACCUCCUGAAGUAGCAAAGAAGUCACCAAAAAUCAAGAGAUAUGCUGUUGCAACUCUGGAUGGUACACUGAUGCUUGUUGAAGAUGAAGAAAUAUUGUGGUCCAUUCAAGUUGAUCAUCAGUUAUUUUCAUUAACAAAGCUCUCUCUAACGGGUGGAAAUGGAGGAGGAGAUAACAUUGUUGCCUGUUCUUGGGAUGGACAAACUUAUAUACUGGACCAGGAGAAACAGAGUGUUCGCUUUCAACUUGAUGAACAUGUCUGUGGUUUCUGUUCAGGCUACUAUUCCAUAACCCUGGACCAUCCACCAUCCCCCUGUCUAGUUUAUACCACAUUUACUAACAAGAUAUAUGUGUACUAUGAUGUAAAGAUUCCUGGCAUGGUGAUGAAAAGUUGUGUCCCGUAUGGAAACAUUGGCUUGAAACUAGACAACAAACAAAGAAGGGAGUUAACGGAAUGGAUACUGUAUGGGAAAAAGAAAUGAUGCUACAUGAAGAAAAUAACUCCUAUCCUGGUUAGGAAAAAAAAGAGACAUACCUUUUUUUUUGCUGGUUAAAAGUAAUGUUACAUGUGAUAACAGAUGCCUUUAUUGUUAACACUAAAUAUCUAAAGUUUGUUGAUAUUCAGUGUAUUUUACUUUUGUAAAUUCCAGAUGUUGAACUAAAUAUUAUGGAAUAAAAUUAUAUUUAUUUUGCAUUAUA